ACAAGCUAGGGGAAGCUCCUUCUUUCCAUGGAUCCAGAUCUCUUACUCGCCGCCAUAAAUGGGGACUUGGAUUUCCUUCAAACUUUUCAUGAUAAAUCAGAUCUUCACUCCCAGCUAACCCCAUCUGAGGACACAGCUCUUCACGUCGCUACAGAGUUCAACCAGCCCGAGUUCGCAGCGGCCGCCGCGCACUGCUGUCCACCGCUGCUGUGGAAGGUCAACUCCUCAGGCGACACGGCCCUCCACAUUGCAGCGAGAGACGAGCGUCUGGACCUGGUCAUGCUCUUCAUUGGCUGCGCGCGGAAGGUCGAUGAAGCAACAGGAGAAUCCAAGCACCUCAAAUUACUGUUGAGAAUGGUGAAUCGGAAUAAGGACACGGCCUUGCAUUGUGCAGCGAGGAGUGGAAGUUGUGAAUCUGUGAAGCUGCUGGCAGAAGCAGAUACUGAAGUUUGUAGCUUUGUGAAUAAUGCUGAUGAAUCUCCCCUUUAUCUUUGCGUUGCCUCUGGUUUCUAUGGUAUCCAUCAAUAUAUCAUAGACUGCGCACCAUCUUCAGCAUUGUAUAAAGGACCCAGAGGUCUCACAGCAUUGCAUCCAACACUCUUCUUCCAAACAUAUUCACUUGAGAAGAUUGAGGCUCUGGUGCGAUGGAGGAGAGAAAUGAUAGGAAAACGAGACAAUUUAGGAAUGACCCCUCUUCACUAUGCUGCCUUUUACGGGAGAAUCGAAGCAAUGAAGUUAUUUCUUGAAUAUGAUAGCUCUGCAAUCUUGCUGCUUAACAAAAAUGGGGACUCUGCUCUCCAUAUUGCUGCUUUUGAAGGCCAUAUCAAUGUAUUAGAAGAGCUCAUAAAAUGUCGUCCUGAUUGCUACAAUUUAAUCAACAACAAGGGUCGAACACCCCUUCAUUCUGCAGUCUUAGGCCGCCAAGUAGCAGCUGUGGAGUUUAUACUCAAAACACCAACGCUUGAAAGGUUAACCAACAAGCAAGAUAAAGAUGGCAAUACAGCUUUGCAUUUGGCCGUCCUGCACAAGUUUUAUGCCGCCAUUCAUAUUAUUACCGACAGUACAAAAUUGUCUGCGCGAAUUGUCAACAAUAGAUUCUUGACGCCUUUCGAUGUUUCUGAUGAACAUGACGAGGAAGUAUCAAGGGCAGCAGUAAGUUGUUUGGAUCUCAAAAUGGGUCUAAUGACAAUGCACCAAUCUGCUAAAGCACAACUAGAAAAGAUGAACAAAGAAUUACGUGAAAAUGGCAGGGAGGAGAAAAAGACAUCAUCAAGUUUCAUCCUCAACAAAAAAUCAGAUGAUCAAAAUUCAGAACUACAUGCUGCACUGGAAGUGAUCCUACUGGUGGCAAUGCUGGUGGCCACAGUGACCUUCGCGGCAGGAUUCACAGUGCCUGGUGGGUUCAUCAGCAGCAAUGGAGAAGACCAAGGGCUCGCCAUUCUCACCAAGAAACCAGCUUUCAAGGUGUUCAUAGUUUUCAACACUUUGGCAUUUUGCUGCUCAGUUUUUGCAGUGCUUUUCCAGUUACACAGCUCACUCAUCGAUUACCAACGUCGAGGAUCUCAGUGCCAAGAUCACCAACUUCGGGUGAGAUACAUAAAGAUUACAGCAUUUUUCACCACUGUUGCCAUUCUUGCGUUGGUGUUGGCAUUUUCCUCUGGCACAUUCGUUGUGCUUACAGAAUCUACUGGACUCUGUGCUUACGUUAUGUGUGCUUGCUGCUUUGUGGUUCUCUACUUUGGCUUAGUUUUUUUGAGGAGAAAACGUUAAUUCCAUGCAUAAUAUUGGGAAUGCUACCGACCGAAGUCUCGUAUUGUUAGCUAAAUAAAGAGAAGAUCAUGAGUAUAUGGAUCAAAAAUAGUUUGGUACCUCGUCAUGUUGGCUAUGGAGUAAAUUUUAUGUUUUUUAUCGUACUCGUGUAGCUAGUAUAUGUUUUCAUUUAUAUGAUAGUUUA